AUGGGGAGGAAUAACAGGGAGCUGAAGUUUGCCCGAACGUUGAUAUUCACCGUGGAGCAGAUCAACAGCAGCCCCCAGCUUCUUCCAGGAGUGACUCUGGGCUACAGGAUCUACAAGGCCUGUGGGUCCAACCACCUGAUGAGGGCUGGCUUGGAGGCAGUCAACGGGGCUGAGCAGGGCUGUGGCAGUGGCAGAGUGCAGGCUCUGCUGGGACACUCCUCCUCUGGACCUAGUGGGGAUAUCAACAGAGCUAUCGGCCCUCUACAUGUACCACAGAUCAGUCACCUUGCCACUUGCGCUUGUCUAAGUGACAAGAAACAAUAUCCUUCUUUCUUCAGAACAGUGCCCAGUGAUCAGUUCCAAGUCAUAGCCCUUGUGCAACUCAUGAAGCAUUUUGGCUGGAGCUGGGUGGGAAUUGUUUAUUCUACUGAGACAUACUCUGUUGAAGGAACUGUUGAAUUCAUAAAGGAAGCAAAGAAAGAGGGAAUCUGUGUUGAGUACACAGAAUUGUUCCAGAAAAUAGAUACUGUUAAUUUCAACAAAAUAGUAGAGACAAUCACACAUUCUACCUCCAGGGUGGUGCUGGUGUUUAUGUCCCUUUCAUACACACAGGAUUUUCUAAAGAAGGUAGGAAGGAAUGUUACUGGGAAACAGUUGAUUGGCAGUGAAUCGUGGAUCACAACAGCAAGCUUGGCAUUGGAGAGCGGGAGUGUCUUACAAGGGGCGAUGGGCUUUGCCAUCCCUGAGUCUGACAUCCCUGGGCUGAACGAGUUCCUGCUGAGUCUGAAGCCAUCAGACGCACCUCAGAGUUCUCACAUCAGGGUUUUCUGGGAGGACGUGUUUCACUGCAGCUUCUCCCCCUCUAACACCUCCAAGCUGUGUACCGGCUCAGAGGACCUGAGGACAGUCGUCAACGAUUACACAGACACAACGGAGACCAGGACUGUCAACAAUGUUUACAUGGCUGUUUACGCAGUAGCACACGCCCUCCAUAACCUACUGCAGUGUGAAAACGGGUUAAAUCCCACCACCGGGAGGAGCUGUAUCAACAAGACUGAGGUCAUGCCUCAACAGGUGCUGGAGCAGCUAAGGUUGGUGAACUUCACAACGCAGAAUGGGAAUAAGGUGUCCUUUGAUGCAAACGGAGACUCGGUGGCCCAGUAUGACUUGGUUAACUGGCAGAUAGGAGAAGAUGGCUCUGCUAACAUUGUCAACAUCGGCAGAUACGACGGAUCCAAACCAGAUGGACAGAAAUUUCUUAUAAAAGACAAUUUUAAAAUAGUGUGGGGUGGAAACCAUGCUGAGGUUCCCAGAUCGGUGUGCACAGAGCCUUGUCCUCCUGGGACUCGGAAGGCCACCAACAAAAGGAAGCCAGUGUGCUGCUUUGACUGCCUUAUCUGCCCAGAGGGAGCGAUCAGCAACCAGACAGAUUCUUCAGACUGUUUCCUGUGCCCUCCAGAGUCCUGGCCGAAUGAAAACCAAGACAUGUGCGUUUUAAAACCCAUUGAAUUCCUCUCCUUUGAAGAAAUAAUGGGGACUCUGUUAACAUUGUUUUCAUGCUUUGGUGUGUUUUUGUCAGUGCUUAUGUCAAUAAUUUUUGUGGUUCACAAACACACCCCAAUAGUCAGGGCCAACAACUCAGAGCUCAGCUUCUUGCUCCUCUUCUCCCUGACUCUGUGUUUCCUGUGUUCUCUCACCUUCAUCGGCCGGCCCUCUGAGUGGUCCUGUAUGCUGCGCCACACGGCGUUUGGGAUCACCUUUGUCCUCUGCAUCUCUUGUGUUCUGGGGAAGACUAUAGUGGUGCUGAUGGCCUUCAGGGCUACACUUCCAGGAAGUGAUGUCAUGAAAUGGUUUGGGCCUUUACAGCAGAGACUCAGUGUCCUGGCUUUCACUCUCAUCCAGGUCCUGAUCUGUGUGCUGUGGUUAACACUCUCCCCUCCUUUCCCCUUUAAGAACAUGGAACAUUUUAAUGACAGGGUCAUUCUAGAAUGUGCCUUAGGUUCUGCUGUGGGCUUCUGGGCUGUGCUGGGGUAUAUAGGACUCCUGGCUCUCUUGUGCUUUGUCCUGGCUUUCCUGGCCCGAAAGCUGCCUGAUAACUUCAAUGAAGCCAAGUUCAUCACCUUCAGCAUGUUGAUAUUCUGUGCUGUCUGGAUCACCUUUAUCCCAGCUUAUGUCAGCUCUCCUGGGAAGUUCACGGUAGCUGUGGAGAUCUUUGCCAUCCUGGCCUCCAGUUUUGCUUUGUUGAUAUGCAUAUUUGUGCCUAAGUGCUUCAUCAUAGUUUUCAAGCCAAAACUAAAUUCAAAGAAACAUUUGAUGACAAAGACAACGUGCCAAGCGUAUCUAUUGGCGUUUUGGUCAUGA